AUGCCAUCAGCCAUGGAGGGCUCAGAGCAGGGAGGAGGAGAUAUCUUGCGCUAUGAGGAGACAGAAGAUAACAAUGUCAGCCCCACUGACCUCUCAGAGCUGCUGAAGGAGGGCACCAAGGAAUCCCAUGACCGUGCAGAGAACACCCAGUUUGUGAAGGACUUCCUGAAAGGACGGAUCAAGAAGGAGCUGUUCCAGCUGGCCACCGUGGCACUCUACUUCACCUACUCUGCUCUGGAGGAGGAGAUGGAUCGCAACAAGGACAAUCCCAGCUUUGCCGCUCUGUACUUCCCUGUGGAGCUUCACCGCAGAGAAGCAUUGGCCAAAGACCUCAAGUACUUCUAUGGAGAAGACUGGAAAGAGAAGAUCCAGUGUUCAGAGGCAACUCAGCACUAUGUGGACAGGAUCCACCACGUAGGACAACAUGAGCCAGAGCUGCUGGUGGCUCACGCUUACACACGCUACAUGGGGGACCUCUCAGGGGGCCAAGUGCUGAAGAAGGUAGCCCAGAGGGCCCUGAAGUUGCCCAGCACUGAGGAAGGAAUCCAAUUCUACGUGUUUGAGAACGUUUCCAAUGCGCAGCAGUUCAAGCAGCUCUACAGAGCGAGGAUGAAUGCUCUGGACUUGGACAAGAACACCAAGGAAAGGAUUGUGGAAGAGGCCAACCGAGCCUUCAGAUUUAACAUGCAGGUGUUUGAUGAGCUGGACAAGAUUGGCAAGUCACUGCCCGAGGCAGCCCAGGACGGCGGUUUCCCAGUCCACGAUGGCAAAGGAGACAUCCGCAAAUGUCCUUACUACGCAGACAAACUGGGACCCUCCUGCCCCUACCACACUGCGCUGGGCCUGGCCAGGCAGCCCCUGGUGCAGCUGGUGGUCGCGGCCUGCGUGGCAGUGGUGGCAGGAGCUGCAGCCUGGUACCUCCUGUGA